AUGGCUCAAGCUCAGCCAUUUCUUGAGCAAAAAAUCCAUCCAACCAUCAUAAUCCAGGCUUAUCGUGCUGCAUUGGAGGAUAUGGUAAAGCUCGCUGAGGAGAAGUACAGUAAGCCUGUAGAUAUCAAUAAUGAAAAGGAGAAAAAUAUAUCAUUUCGGGUCACCACUGUGGUUCAAUCUUGUCUUGGAACGAAAAUGAUAAGUAAAUGGAUGGAUCUCGCAGUUCAAAUUUCCCUUGAUGCUAUCAAGACUAUCAGAGUUGAGAAAGGAAAUACAAGCGAAAUUGAUAUCAAAAGGUAUUGUCGCAUUGAAAAAAUCCCCGGCGGGACAAUUGAAGAUUGUAAAGUCAUCAAAGGAGUCGUGCUGAAUAAAUUAAGUUACCUAGUAACUUUUCAGGAUGUAACCCAUGCAAAAAUGCGCAGGCGUAUAGAAAAUCCACGCAUUGUGCUACUUGAUUGCAAUCUGGAAUAUAAGAAGGGUGAGUCACAAACAUCGUUGGAAAUCAUGAAGGAGGAAGACAUAAGCAGAAUUCUUGAGCAGGAAGAGGAAUCCAUAAGGAAACAGUGUGAUGAUAUCAUUCGUGUGAAACCAGAUUUGGUGUUUACGGAAAAGGGAAUAUCUGACUUGGCUCAGCACUUUUUACUCAAAGCUGGUAUCACAGCAAUCCGACGUUUGAAGAAGACCGAUAACAAUAGGCUGGCAAGGCUA